AUUGACACAUCCCCCCUCUCGAGGCUGAGCUGUGGCUGCAGUGCGGGUUCGGGAGUGAUCGGAGUGUACCCGCGGGUGGGCGGAGGGAGCAAGCAAGAUCAUAGCCGGGCUCCAUAUACCGCGGCCGGGCGGCCAGUACACCCGCAGGGAACGCACAGUCUGAGCCCCGGAUAGCACACACAGCAUCCCGGAGACACCCGCUGGAGCCCGCCCGGUUGGAUGGAUGAGCGGUCCCCCUGUGCUUGUUAUAGAGUCCCCGGGGAUCUAGCAAUGCUCCUAGCGUGGAUCGUCUGCUUGCUGCCGGUGGCGGUGGGAGCCGUGGAAGAGACUCUUAUGGAUACUCGCUUGACCACAUCGGAGUUGGCAUGGGUAGCACACCCAGACUCUGGGUGGGAAGAAGUUAGUGGCUAUGACGAAGGAUCAAAUCCAAUAAGGACCUAUCAAGUGUGCAAUGUACAGCAGCUUAAUCAAAAUAACUGGCUACGUACCGAGUUCAUACCACGUCAGGAUGUCCAGCGUGUCUAUGUGGAAUUGAAAUUCACAGUGCGAGACUGUAACAGCCUUCCCAACAUUCCAGGAUCAUGCAAAGAAACCUUUAACCUAUUUUACUAUGAGUCUGACUCCGACUCUGAUACCCCUUUCUGGAUGGAGAAUCCAUACAUUAAGGUGGACACUAUUGCACCAGAUGAGAGCUUCUCACGCCGUGACUCUGGCAGAGUUAAUACAAAGGUCCGUAGCUUUGGGCCACUAUCCCGAGCUGGAUUUUAUCUGGCAUUCCAGGAUCUUGGUGCUUGCGUAUCUCUAAUUUCUGUACGUGCGUUUUACAAGAAAUGCCCUCGGACCGUGGCUGGCUUUGCCAGUUUCCCUGAAACUCUGACUGGAGCUGAACCCACCUCCCUGGUAAUCGCACCUGGUACCUGUAUUCCUAAUGCCGUGGAAGUUUCUGUACCUCUCAAGCUGUAUUGUAAUGGAGAUGGGGAAUGGAUGGUGCCUGUAGGUGCAUGCACCUGUGCAGCGGGUUAUGAAGCUGCCGGAAAGGACACACAAUGCAAAGCUUGUCCACGUGGAACGUACAAGCCAAAGCAAGGUGAUGGGAUUUGCAUCCUGUGCCCCAAGAACAGCAGAUCAACUUCAACCGCUGUCACAGUCUGUCCUUGCCAGAAUGGAUUCUAUAGAGCUGAUGGAGAAACUCCUGAAAUGGCAUGCACAUCUGUGCCUUCUGCACCACGUAAUGUCAUUUCUAAUGUGAAUGAGACGUCUGUGGUCCUGGAGUGGUCAGAGCCUGGUGAUUCAGGUGGUCGGGAGGACGUUUUGUUUAAUGUUAUCUGUAAAAAGUGCACCGAGAAGAUUUGCUCUCGCUGUGACGAUAAUGUUCAGUUUUGGCCUCGGCAACUUGGAGUCACUCAGCGCCGUGUCUCUGUCAGUCAUCUACAGGCUCAUACCAAAUACAGCUUUGAGAUUCAGGCUGUCAAUGGAGUGUCCAACAAGCACCCGCACCCACCAAAUUACUACUCCGUCAAUAUAACAACCAAUCAAGCAGCUCCUUCAGCAGUGCCGAAUGUGCUAAUUCACGGCAGUACAGCAAGUUCUCUUACUCUAUCUUGGUCUCCUCCUGAGAGUCCCAACGGUAUCAUUCUGGAUUAUGAGAUCAAAUAUUUUGCCAAAGGUCACAGUGGUGCAGGUAACACUGUAACCAGUCAAAGAACAACGCUACGGAUGGAGGGGAUGCACCCAGACACCAUUUAUGUGGUCCAGGUUCGGGCUCGUACAGUGGCUGGGUACGGUGCAUACAGCGAUCCACGGGAGUUCCAGACCACAGCAGAGGAUGGUGACCGGAGCAGUCUUCAGGAGCAGGUCCCAAUGGUCGUUGGCUCUGUUACAGCCGGAUUGAUAUUCAUAAUUGCAGUGGUUGUCAUUGUAAUUGUUUGUUUCAGCAGGAAACAAAGGAAUGAUCCUGAAUCAGAAUACACCGAGAAACUGCAGCAGUACAUGGUUCCAGGGAUGAAGCUUUAUAUUGAUCCAUUUACAUAUGAAGAUCCUAAUGAAGCUGUGAGAGAUUUUGCAAAAGAAAUCGAUAUAUCUUUUGUGAAGAUUGAAGAAGUGAUUGGAGCAGGUGAGUUUGGAGAGGUGUGCCGUGGCCGUUUAAAACAAGCUGGGCGAAGGGAACAACUAGUGGCAAUUAAGACUCUGAAAGCAGGCUACACAGAGCAGCAGAGGCGUGACUUCUUGAGCGAGGCAAGCAUUAUGGGUCAGUUUGAUCAUCCAAACAUCAUCCGACUAGAAGGAGUUGUGACCAGGAGCCGGCCUGUGAUGAUCCUGACGGAAUUUAUGGAAAAUGGAGCCCUUGACUCCUUCCUCAGGAUGAAUGAUGGCCAGUUCACAGUUAUCCAGCUGGUGGGCACACUUCGAGGCAUUGCAUCAGGAAUGAAGUAUCUAUCAGAGAUGAAUUAUGUUCACCGUGACCUAGCGGCCCGGAACAUCUUAGUGAACAGCAAUCUUGUCUGCAAAGUGUCUGACUUUGGCCUGUCUAGAUUCUUGGAAAACAGCCGCUCUGAUCCCACAUACACUUGCUCCUUGGGAGGAAAGAUUCCAAUUCGCUGGACUGCACCAGAAGCCAUUGCUUAUCGAAAAUUCACAUCCGCAAGUGAUGUGUGGAGUUAUGGCAUUGUCAUGUGGGAGGUGAUGUCUUAUGGAGAGCGACCUUACUGGGAUAUGUCAAAUCAAGAUGUAAUUAAUGCAGUGGAGCAGGACUACAGGUUACCACCUCCUAUGGAUUGCCCUGCUGCUCUACACCAACUCAUGUUGGAUUGCUGGCUUCGUGAUAGAAACUUAAGACCCAAAUUCUCUCAAAUUGUCAGCUCACUGGACAAGCUAAUACGUAACGCCGCCAGUCUGAAAGUGACCAGCCCCACACAAGCAGGGAUAUCUCAGCAGCUUCUUGACCGGACUGUUCCAGAUUACACAACUUUUCCCACCGUUGGUGACUGGUUAGAGGCAAUCAAGAUGGGCCAAUACCAGGAGAACUUCCUGAGUGCUGGUUUUACUUCCUUCCAUUUGGUGGCCCAGAUGACAGCUGAAGACAUGCUCCGUAUCGGGGUGACGCUGGCUGGCCAUCAAAAGAAACUUCUCAAUAGUGUCCAGGAUAUGAGGCUGCAAAUGAGCCAAACUUUACCUGUCCAGGUGUGAGAUCACAACACCCAGGAACAUGGAACACGACUCUUCAUAUUGAAGAAAUAUUAUGAACUUGGAUAGGGCUCUAUAGGAAGCUGAAGGGUGCACACAAAAAUCCUUCGACAUGGUGGGAGUUUAUAAGUGGAGUUAGUCUUUGCACAUAUUGACUCUUUAUCCUCUGCUUGCUGAGAACUUGCACUUAGUGCUGAUCUGCUGCAGUGAACAGGAUAGACCUCAGACUCCCACCUGUGCUUUACCCAUUGCCUCUUAUUGGGUGACAUCCUGUAUGAAGAGUGUAUGUGAGUGAAUGUGUGUAUGACUGGUGUGAUGUCUUUAAACCGUGUAAGGGAUAAACUGGUGGUAUAGGACGACAUGAGUGUGAUUACGGCUCAUUUGUGGGUAAACCUAGAGCCCCUAAGGGUACAUGUAAGACAAUAACCUUUUUAAGUGUCUUCCACCACUGCAGGACCAACACUUGUAAAAGAUGCAGGAUUGCAGAGCUAUCCAUUUUGUUCUAAUAGAUAUCUGCAGCAGGCACUCUGAGUAAGCCCCAAAUCUCUAUUCCUCACACUCAAUGAAAUAAACGGCUGUAUGCCAAGUGGUCACUGCAGUGCCUUGUAUGGUCUGCUCACCUCUAGAGAAGUGGGCUGCUAAGGACUCCUUUUUUGGGUUUCUGAGAUCCUUAAUUCCAAUAGUUCAGAUGUACAAGGCUAUUGGUAGUUAUAUCUCAUACACUGUGUCCGAGUCUCUUAAUGAAUAUGAGCCACUGUGUCUGAUAAUAAAUUCCUUCAUCGAUCUGUGCUAAUUCCCCUGAGAUAAGGAGAUGGUACAGUGAAUUCAUUUUAUUUUAUAUGCUGCUUUUUAUUUCACCUGAUUUUACCCUUCCAAAUAUGCCCCUAUCAAGACCCCCCAUUUCCCCACACUGCGCUCUGUCUACUCAUCCCAUGUGAUGAUAUCUGCCUCCCCUCACCUUCUCCUUUGGCAAUUUAGUGUCAGUCCCACCUCCCUCACGCUGUCUUCCUUUGCCCUCUCCCUUCCCCUGAUCAUCCUUGCUCUCCCCAUUCUGCUCCCCUAUUACAUGCUUCCCAUUGUAUCUUUUAUUUUUUUUCCUGCUACCAUGAUUUUUUAUUUUUUUUUAAUUGUUAAAAUUUUUAUUUUGUUUUUAUUUUUGCGCAUAUUCGCACACUUUAAACAAUAUGGGGAUGUGUUUGAGUGCAAAUUCUCAUCAUAACUUUACAUUUUAUAAUUUUU